CCGCUAUAGCAUUUUUUGGGGUCGGCGCUACGCGAUGCUAUCUGAGAUUAAAAUGAAUAUGUAUACUCAUUUGCACCCUACGAGUUUCUUUCCAUUUGGCAGAGAAACCAAUUCCCAAGUAUUGUUCUUAUCAAGUGCUUGCAUUUUCCAAUCCAUGGCAUGUGAGGAAGGCUUUGAGUAUGUGAUAACUGUUCUUUGGAUGUCAACGGGGCGGAGAAUGAGCGGGGAGUACUUUACCAUGAAAUUCCCCACCAUUUAAAAAGAUCUCCAUCCCCGUCCCCAUUCCCGCUUCGAAGAGUAUUCUACCUGUAUCCCCACCCCACAAUUACUGUGGGGAUUCAUCAACAUUAAAAAAUUAUCAAAUUCUUAUUAUUUUCAAUUUGUAAAAAAAGUUUAAUCUUAAAACAAAUAAAAAAAUAAGGCAAUAUUGUGAGUCUUGUUAGUUAUGAUAAUAAUAAAUAUCACAAAAAAAUAAAUUUAUGCAUAUAUUGUAUGAAAAUAUAAAUAAAUGUGACAUAUAAAGUACUUAAUAGAGUGUUUGGGGAUGGAGUCUUCACGGGGCGGGGGAUAAAAUUUCAUCACCAUCCCCAAACCUCCUUCGGGGAAACUUUUUCCUCCAUCCCCAUCUUUGCGGGGGAAAAUUCCCCAUCUUCGGGUCCCCAAACAGGACAAUCUCCAUUCGGAUCCCUAUUUACAUAACAAAUUAACAUCCCUAAAGUGUUGGUGCAGGUUCUAGUAUCUUUCUUAUGGGCAAUUGGGAGAGGUGAAUCUUUAGAGUGUAUUGGUGUUAUUUCUCUGGAUUUUGGUUUUUAUGUUUUAUCAGGUUGGAUUAUGGUUCCCUUUGUAAGGUUGAGCUAGGUUUUGGUACUUGAGCACGAGAAAAUUCAAAAAUUUAAUCACUAGAGUUUGAAGGGUCGAGGAAAGUUACCUCAUGUAAUGUUGAAUCGGACUCAUGGAUAUGAGUAGAUUCAGGAAUGGUCUUCUUUUUCCUUGUGUAUACUGAAUUCUUCCCACACCUUACAUCAACACCAACACCAACAUUUCCAUCUUUUUUAGAAUCAAUUUCUUGUUGCUAGGACAAGGUGAAUAUGUGGAAAAGUGUGUGGGUAUGGGUGUCAUGUGGUCAGUGGCUCCAGAAUCGAGUAUCCAAUAUUGGUUAUAAGGUUUAUCUGAAGCAUUAAAUCCAAAAGAAAAUUGAGACUUACCAAGAGAAAGUGGAAACAGAAACAUACCUGAAUAUGCAAGAGAAGAAGUAACUGUUGUUGGUGUCUCCAAUUCAUUAGUACUUGUUUUGCUUCAAAAUUCGCCAUGUCAAAUUUCCCUAGGAGUUUGGUUGCUUCUGAUAAAUAUGAAAGAGUUGGACCAGAUUUCUUUGGCUAUUAUUCAUCUGAAGUAGUAAAUCUAUUGUCACGAGAUGAGGAUGAUUUGCCUGUCGCAACCCAAUUAUCCGAGCUACCACGAAAUAAAUGUGGCGUGAGAGGAAAUAAUUUUGUUAAUCACAAUUAUAAUUGUUCCGGGCCAUUGUUUAGUAAUGGUGUUGGAGCUGGGCUAUCAGACAUUGAGAAGGACAGAUUAAAAUCAUUGCUCAGACAGAGUGCUGUUACUCUUUCAUCAGAAGUUGAUGAGGUGGUGGACCCUGUUUUCACAAUGUACCAUUUGAAAUCCGGGCUAAGAAGUAAAACACAAUCCUUGAAUCUUGCUAAUACGGAAUCUGAUGAUGUACGGCAAGUUCCUUGUAAAAAGCAAAAGGUGUCUUCACCAUCUCCUUCAGCUAGGCCAGGCCUUCUUGCAGAAACUAAUGAUGCCAAUCCCCAAAGCAGUAGGAAGGUGAGGGGCGAUCUUCAGUUCCUAUUGGAGAAUGAUAGUGUGGAGGUUGAAGAGAUGGUGAAGAAAUAUUCUGAUGAACUUGAUGGAACACUAGGGUAUAUGGAACAACAACUUGAGAUGCUUCUUGAUGCAGUGAUGUCGAAGUGCAGGUCAAUGACUCUUAUUGAGAAACAGCAGCUACAGAGAUUAAUUCAGAAGCUACCUGCGGGAAAUCUUAACCGCGUUGUGGAGAUAAUUUGUCGCAGUAGGCCAGUACAAGACCAAAGUUGUGACAAAAUCUUGGUUGAUUUGGAAAAAGAGGACAAUGCUACACUGUGGAGACUGUAUUACUAUGUUGAAGCUGUUGAGAAAGCUAAAAGUCUUUCUUGUUGUGAAGAGGCCUAGUUUCAAUGGAAGUCAUUAAACACCCUAGAACUCACCGAUAUUUUUCAUAUCUUCCUAACUGAAAGAGUUGCAGAUUUUGUUGUGAAGAGGCCUAGUUUCAAUGGAAGUCAUUAAACACCCUGGAACUCACCGAUAUUUUGCAUAUCUUCCUAACUGAAAGAGUUGCAGUUGCAGAUUCUAAAAGUGAUGGCCUAUAUACAAUUUGUGAUAGCAGGGAGAUGAAUAUCUACGCAAUCAGGAGAAUUAUGCCCCCACGAAACUGUAAAUUUUGUAUGAUCUUAGAUUGUUUAGGAAAGUUGAUGGUUGUUAGAUGUACAUUUUCUGUAUGCUUUUUCUUCAUUUCAAGUUUGAGACUUGCAAAUGAAACAUAGCUAUUCAAAAUUCUGAGCGUUAGAGUUACACUAAUAGCUUAUAUGAAAAUAUAAAAAGAUUGAUGGAUUGGUGAGGUUGCAGCAGGCAAAAUGUUAUCAAAGAUUAAAAAAAUAAGUUAUUUUCUUUAUUCUUAAAAUCAAGUAUGAAAUAUGAGUUUUGCUUUCUUUCUCUA